AUGAUUCGUUUCACGAAUUCUGCUCAACUCUUUCUUCUUCUUUGCCUUGUAAUCCUUUCGAUUGGCAGAAUCAAAGGACACUACACUUGUUCCCCUACAACUUAUGCCCAGAAAAGCACGUUUCAGACAAAUGUGAAUCGCUUACUUUCUUCCCUUUCCUCCAACACCAAUCAAAGUGAUGGAUUCUACAACAGCACCGUCGCCGGGCAAGAAAACAACCCCAACGCCACCGUCUACGGCAUGUUCCAGUGCCUCGGCUAUGUCACCGUCCAGACCUGUCAAAAAUGUGUUUCCGACGGAAUCAAAGAUAUCCUUCACAGAUGCCCCAACAAUACUGGAGCCAUCGGUUGGUACGGCAAUCAAUGCUGGUUACGUUACUCCGACCAGUAUUUCUUCUCCAAAACGGAAGAAUACCCCAGGUUAUUUUAUUAUAACGUCAACAAUGCAACAGACACGACCAGCUUUAUGAAGCUGGUGGGCGAAACCUUGAGGGGGAUUGCGAAAGAGGCAUCGGAAGGCGGAAGCAAGAAAUUUGCGACAAAAACAGUAGAAUAUGAUGCUUUUCAAACUCUGUAUACUAUGGCGCAGUGCACGCUGGAUAUAUCUGAGAUUGAUUGUCUCAUGUGUCUCAGCAACAGUAUUAGCAAUUUGCCUAUUUGCUGUAAUGGAAAAGUGGGCGGAGUAACCCUCACGCCCAGUUGCUAUUUAAGGUAUGAAAUGUACCCCUUUUACCAGGAACCGGCCCCGCCACCUGCGCUUCCGCCACGAGCUCCUUCGCUGGCAUCCACUUCCAAAGAUAAAAGCAGGAUUUCAGCUGGGAUAAUUAUUGCCAUAGCUGUUCCAACGGUGACAUUUAUAUUGCUCUGCUUCUUGUGCUUUAAAAGGAGGGCAAGGAAAGAUGCUUCAGUUCCUAAACAAAGCGUUGAUAUUUCAAGCGUAGAAUCCCUGCAAUUUGAUUUGGAUACCAUCAAAACAGCCACAAAUGAUAUCUCUCCGGACAAUAAACUUGGUCAAGGAGGAUUUGGUGAGUUUUACAAGGGUGUUCUACUUGGUGGACAAGAGUUAGCCGUAAAAAGAUUAUCGAGCAGUUCAAAACAAGAUGUGGGAGAAUUUAAGAAUGAAGUUGCUACGAUGGCAAAACUUUAA